AUGUCUUCAUUGAUACAGAAAAAUAACUCACCACCGUCACAGACGACUCAAAAGUUGAUGCAGUAUCUUGCAACGCUCUCAGCUACCCUGGCCGCGGUGACUGCUGGCAACUAUCUCGGCUGGUCAUCCCCGGCUCUUCCACUCUACAACCAAAAGGAUACACUAACCUUGGCCGAUGACGACAAGUCGUGGGUCGGAUCCUUGCUCCCGCUGGGAGCUCUCGUGGGUGCCAUUCCUGCCGGAUGGAUAGCCGAUAAAGUAGGACGCAAAAACGCCAUACUGACGAUUGGCGUACCUUAUGUAAUUUGCUGGUUCAUCAUAGGAUUUGCACCAAGCGCUUUAUGGUUGUUCGUGGCUCGCUUUUUGGCUGGAGCUGCAAUCGGGGCAACGACAGUGGUAGUGCCGUUGUACGUGUCCGAAGUUGCGGAGCCAGCCAUUCGAGGCACGCUUGGUGCGUUGUUCCAACUCCAGUUAUCCUUUGGCAUUUUGCUGGUAUAUUUGACAGUGAGCCACAUUGCGGCGGAACUUGAGUGA